AAACAGCGACGGAGUCGGUGGUGUUGUUUUUCCACAUAUUACAUUUGUCAAACAGGUCUCAAAGCAACAGCGACUGAGAACUAGAGGAAGCGCUUGUCUUUGACGGCAUUUGUCUACCACAAUCGAAAAUAAAAAUGUCUGGGAAGAAUACACUGAAGGCAGCUAGUGAGCCUAUGCUGGGUACUCAGGAAUCGUUCCCUUUUGUUUUGAAGAAGAUUAUGGACAUUCCCCCACCUAAUAUUCUGGAAGGCGACGAAGAAACGGAGAAGAAAAAGUUGCGCUCCGUCGAAAGCGGCGAGGCUGGAGCAGGCAGUGGCGGAACCAGGGGUGCAGGCAGUGGAGGGGUUUCUGCCUCCCUAACCCCUGCUAUCUGGGAGAAGACCAUCCCGUAUGACGGGGAGACCUUCCACUUGGAGUACAUGGAUCUGGAUGAGUUCUUGCUAGAGAACGGCAUUCCAGUCAGCCUGGAGGAGGAACUGCAGAAGAGUCUGGACCAGGAAGACGACGAGGGGACCAGAACCCCUUCCCCGUCCGCAACCACAGUCACCUCUGACACAGAGACCGUCACGCUCACUCUAGAGCCAGCUAAACAAGAGGAGACAGAAGAUGGAGCAGGAGAUGAGAAAAAUACUCUGGGGAUAUCUGAGGAUGGAUCAGCAGAGGUCCAGGUGUCUCAAAAGAAAGAAGAGGGCAAGUCUGCCGAACGACUCACUCCCACUCCCAUCGACCCAGAGGACAUUGAGGUAGACAUCAACUUCCAGCCUGACCCCACGGACCUGGUGCUGUCCAGUGUACCCGGGGGGGAGCUCUUCAACCCACGCAAACACAAGUUCUCCGACGAGGACCUCAAACCACAGCCCAUGAUCAAGAAGGCGAAGAAGGUCUUUGUGCCCACUGAGCAGAAGGACGAUAAAUACUGGUCUAGGAGGAAGAAGAAUAACGUUGCAGCCAAGCGUUCACGUGACGCCCGGAGGCUGAAGGAAAACCAGAUCACAGUGCGGGCUUCAUUUCUGGAGAGGGAAAACGCUGCGUUGAGGCAACAAGUGGCUGAGCUGCGAAAGGACUUUGGCCGUUGCAAGAACAUCAUGUCUCGAUAUGAAGCCAAAUACGGACCGCUGUAAGGGACAAACCUUACGCCUCGCAAAGCAAGAACACAUGGAAUCUGAAUUGCACUGCUUUCAUGGUGAACACCAUGUCGAGUUCAAGAUCCUCUCCGGCAGUAAAGUGGAGGCAUGAAUGCACAAAGUCCGAAUGCCAGGCUACGGGAAAAGGCGAGGUGGAAUCCAAGGAUUGUGUAGGGCGGCUGGCUCCUACACGUACAGGGACACGGGAUUACAGACACACAACAUGUAUCGUCUGGUGCCAGUCACCCUUCUUCUUAUUACUGGCAAGGGAAGUCAGGGGAAGACACUACUGCUGGGGAAAAGGAGGGCUUAAAGUUACACACAUUUAUUAAGCAUAUUAAGGGGUGGUUUUGUGGACCACUGCAUGAAUAUCAGUGUGAACAGUGAAAGGUGUCCACCAACCCUCCAGACCACCCCCCCCCACCCCCAACCCCCUCCCAGUUGGUGCAGUAACUGUUUUCUUCUGUUUAAAUUUCUUGUGUGUAGGCUCUAAAGAAGGAUAUGUGAAGCCUAGAUUUAUUAGUAACAGGGCAGAGGAGGAACCAAUGAACAUGUUAAUAGCAGAACGAUGAAGGGUUGCCCCUCUGUGAUCAUACACAGGAGAAGAUGAAGAGGAUCGAGUAGAUAUUGGAAAGGGAGAUUAUUCCUAUAGGGGGUUGUUAGCUCACAGUUCUUCCAUCUGUGUUUGCCUUUUUACUUGUACCACACAAUAAGGUGUGCGUAUGUACAUAGUCUUCUCCCUGCACCACCUAGAUGCGUCCCUAGUUGUAACCUGGUUUUGUACCCUUCUAAAGCAACACACUGAGUGUAAAGACAAGAUGGAGAUGGGAGGACACUUUCUUUUCUACUAUGGUGCAUACAGUAGCAAGGGGAAAAACAUGACGCACAAAUGUAAGCAAUGGUGUUUAUAUGAAAACCAACUUCAAAUAUCUGGCCAAUUUUUUAAUAGACUGUUACAUUUAUUUAUUUUGAUUUUUUUAAACGAGUAGGGAAGGAAUUUUCUUCUCUCUGUUUGUCAGGACCCUUACUGGUGGAGGACUUUUGACUAGGAUGUUUUUUUCCCAUGGACCACCGCGGGGAUGGGGCACCAUAUUAGUCCUCAUGUAGGUUGUCUAGAAUUGUAGCAAGACCCAAACAUUUCUGCUAUUACCUGCUCCUGGGUGUUGUAAAUAUUUGAACAGACCAUGGUCUUUUUUCCAAACUGUGAGACAGUUAUGUCAACACCUGUCUUCUUUUUUUAAAAUCCUAUUAAAAUAAUGUUAUUCCUUAUGUUUGCUGAAUAGAUAUCAUGGUCAGUGCUGUAUUUAUUAUUAUAAUACAUCUAUUGAUUGACAUGCCACAUGCUAUAUCUGAUUUUAUUUAUUUUGAAGAAAAAAACAAACUAAUCAGGGAUCUCAGUGAAUAAAAACAAAAUGUUUGACAACUGUUCAACCAGAAUAUCACAUGAUUUCCUUUCAAACACAUGGAAGAUGUUUUACCUUUAUGGAAUUCUGGGAAAUUGGGGUAAAAUUGCACAUAAAAGGCAGCUUAGUAACAUUUGACAAUAGAAAACUCAGUCAAGGUUUAGAGUCACCAGAAAAAUUGGUUUGCCAAGGUGGCCAUGCCUCCAUUUAUUGUUGUAAAUACUACAUAUCAGACUGUUAAGGGACUCCAUUUCUUAAAGGGGCAGUCUGCAGUUGAGAACAGUAACACACUAACCCAAACGUUUGGAGAUAGCUAGAGAAAUAUAAACGCUCUCAAAUUUCUAGACUGCGUUAUGGAUUAUUGGCCUGGCCAACCUUAUGUCAAAAUGUGUUUGAUAUAGUGUUUGUUUACAUCACAGGUGUCAAACCGAUUCCACAAAGGGCUUAGUGUGGUGCAGGUAAUUUGUUUUUAUUCCUUUCAACUGGUGCCCAAUACAGGCAGGUGAGGGGAGAUCCUAACUAAGGUAAAAGUGAAAACCUGCAGCCACUUGGUCCUCUGUGAAACCUGUUUGACACCUGUGGUUUACAUUGUUUCUGUUCAAUGUUUGUAAACACUGUUCUCAUUUUAUUAUGGGUUACAACAGAUAAACUAAUAUUAUAAAGUAUUUACACAACAAAUAUUCAUCAUUUUCUGGGUAUAUAUAUAAUUUAUAAGGUAUCCACUGCAAUGUAGUGACGGCUGAUUGCCCCUUUAAGUGUCUAUUAUUAAUUUGUGCCCUUGUCUUGAUUUUGUUUUUAUAAGUACUACAAGAAAUAUGUGUGAAUAAUAUACAUUUUACUCAUAUGAUAGACUGCAUUCAUAAAUGUCUCAGUCAUGUUUAUCCAUUAAGACUUCCAGUAAUCCUGCUGCACGAUAUUAGGUAAUGGUGUAAUGUUUGCGUAUGUUUUACACUAAGUGUACUUAUGUCUAUAAAUUAAAGGAUUAAUAAAAACAAUUUUAGUGA